CGCUCGGUAUAAAUAUCGCGCUCUGCCAGGAACCGUCAUCACACUCGUCCUCUUCCUGCUCCGGAACACAAGCAGACUCCACCACCAUCAUGAAUUCUCGCGUGUUUGUCGCUCUCCUCCUGUGCGGCCUCUGGGCCUCCUCCGAGUCUCUGCUCCUUCUGGGAACCACCGCCGCAGCCGGGACCAUCGCCGCUACCACUAUCACUGCUUCUGCAGCAGCAGCUUUGGGCGUGGGCGCCCUUGCGGUGCUCAAGGGAGUACUCGUCGGGAAACUUCUGAAGAGUCGUUACAGGAGGGACGUCGAUUCCAUGGAGGAGGACGUUGCAACAGAAAUUGCUGUGGCACAGGAGAUGGAUUCAGCUGGUUGCGUGGCCAAGCUUUUGUGCGAAAUCGAGUCCAUGUCCGCUGAACAGCUCACGCCAGCCAUGUCCACCUUCAAGACCGCCUUCGAGAACAAGCAAAACCUCAAGGGCUCCCGAGGCGUCUACGAUCUGGCCAUCACCUUCGGAUCCAAGUUCGCCAAGAAAGACGCCAAGGCCUGCAGCGUCCUUUUCGACAAGUGCGUCCUCUCCAGAGAGGAUCUCUCCUUCAUGCUGGAUUCCACCUUCUCAUGCUAGUCAUGAGCACCACCUUAGACUAAGCACCUCACAAUCACAUCAUCACACACACACACGCAGCGGAGUCAUCACUGUGACCAUAGGUAGCUUUCAGACCGUCACUGACAGGACCUGAGAUUUACAGUGAAUGUCAAGAGUGUUCACGUUAUUACUCAUCUUUUGCUUACCAUGAGAUUAAAUAAACCAUAAUUCUCCAAGAAA